GGAACGCGCGCACCGCAGGCGGCGCGGAUCGUAGGGAGUCUGUCCGCCGCCCGAACCCGAGCCUGGGUGUCCGUGCGUGUGGAGACGGGGCUGGUGGAAGACGGUCGCGAUGAACACGGUUCUGUCGCGGGCGAACUCGCUGUUCGCCUUCUCGCUGAGCGUGAUGGCGGCGCUCACCUUCGGCUGCUUCAUCACCACCGCCUUCAAAGACAGGAGCGUCCCGGUGCGGCUGCACGUCUCGCGGAUCAUGCUAAAAAAUGUAGAAGACUUCACUGGACCUAGAGAAAGAAGUGAUCUGGGAUUCAUUACAUUUGAUAUAACUGCGGAUAUCCUUUAAGAAAAGAUU